AUGGACGAACGACCGUCUUACUGUAAUUCGAAAAUGCCUGAAUUUUCGACCGCUGAUCAACGUGCAGAUUUUUGGAAAGUGAGGCUUGUAUCGCAGAACGCCAACAAGGAUAAAAUUUACUUCUUUCCGUCUUUGUUGGAAUGGUUGAAGGAAAAGCCGCAGUGCGUUCUCAGUUCUGCUCUGGUGGCGAAAGAAGCUGAACUAGGUAUACAACUGCCUGAUAAAUUGGACGCAGCAGUUCAGAAGGAAUGUGCCAAUCAGAGUAUCAAGGGAGAUCCAGUAACUUCGUACGUAGGUGGCUAUUCGAAUACCAGGCCCACAGCACAAGACAUAGGUAUGAUCGCUGCUGUGUAUCUUUACUAUUUUUCCAAGACAGCAGCAGAUUUCCCAAAUGUGAAGCAUAGCAAUCCUUUUCCAGUCAAUCAUCUUCAGCGAAGUUAUAUGGAGAUGUAUGAACGUAGUGAGCACGGUCGCUCACGAGAGUUAGUGUCUCUGAUUGAUGCCAGCCUUAUUUUGGGCGUUGCCUCAUAUGCUCGCAAAUUGAGUGAAGAAAAUAAUUACGAACAUGAUCUGCUUCAGUUACAUCAUAAAUUGUCCAGUCCGGAUGUAUGGGAUGAUUACAAAACUACAGUAAUGCUACGUUUGUCGCGUGGUGGAACAACAUCUCCAGAAACCUUGGAAGCCGCUACAAUUACGAGGCUAAUCUGUGAUCUGAUGGCUGGUCCAUCACCGCGUCGCAGAUCUGCAAUUGCUGAAAUGGCCGCAUGUGGGCUAAAGCUAGAUGCGAUGAUUCUCGCGAGGCUGUAUUAUCCAGGAACUGAGCUCUGUGAACGACUUUUCAGUGAAUGCUCUAGUUUCUUCGAGGAAUCUCUGAAUUCCGAAACAAAGGAAAUCGCAGAUAUGGUCAGCACGACUACUAGGCCAUUCUUCAAGCGGCAUCUGCUUCGUUAUGCGGAUCAGUUGAGCUGUUAUCGAAUUCUCAGGAUCGAUUUCGCUCUCAAUGAAAAGGCUCCAUUGGAGAAGAAAUUGGUUGGUCGCUUGGAAAUCUCGAAAGAUGUUCGUUAUUUGAUUGCUCAUGCACUGGCUUAUCGAAACUUUGAAGCUAUUGCUUUAAUCAUCGAGGAUGCUGUUCAUCAUUUGGAUAAAUACUCGUUUUUCUCCGAGUUAGAGCAAAUCGUAGCGAUGGAUAUGCUCAUCGAAACUGUACGAAUGAUCUUCCAUGCCAAGCCAGCAGCAGGUGGUUGGAAAAAGCAGAGGGAUGAAGGAGACAAGCUGGGAUGCGCAUUGCAACAGCAUCCGAACGGAUACAUUGGAGGUCUGGUUGAAAUGUGGGUUAAACGAGCCCCGCUUAUGGAAAUAUCUAAGACUCGCGAUGAAUAUCGUCAACAUAGCCUUCACACUUCAAUUGAGGGCAUUGCUUCAGUGCUCCGCGUGGAUGACUUGCUUAAUCCUGUUUGCAGGGGAAUGCUGCUUUUCGCUUGUGACCUCGUACGUUCUUUCAUGGAUGGUCUCUUUGGUCGUAAUUGUUUGCAGAUCGAAGAGUUGAUUAAGGCAAAUCCUUGCCUUGAAUCUCACACAGGAGCUGUACUUGCGCGUCGGCUCACAAAAGGUAUGCUUUCACCUCACCCUGAUGAUCGUAUGCAUACUCUGUUAGAACGUUUGUGUGGCCUGACUGAAAAGGAUGCAUUAGCGAAUAGAGAGGACGCGUUUGAUUCCCGAGCAGAUGAUAAUGCGGACGCUACCAAUGGAAAGGCCAUUUAUUCAUCAAAUGUUCCUGCCAGUACAGAAGUGUGUCAGAAAACCGUGCAGGAAUCACUGCCGAUGAGUCAUAACGAAGCAUGUGGAGGUGCCAUGGCUGCGAAGCGCAAGGGUGAAGAGGUCUUCGACAACGGCUGUCGCCAGCUACAGAGAAGGCGCCUCAGUCAAGGGGAAACCGUGUGCGCGGAACCACCAGCUGAAAAGGCGGCUACACAUGCAGGAAGCGACCAGAAUUCUGAUAUGAAUGAUAGCUCUUCAGUGGCACCUUCUCGAUCUGUCUGUGAACAAGUGGCAACAAUGAUGGAAGGAGUGAAGUAUUGCAGAGAACGAGAGGCAAACAAAAAUGCAAAUCAGUCUCAUGCGGUGAGCACGAAAGCAAAGCCAGAACCUCCGAGACGGAUGAAGGAAGAGGCAGUUUCACCUAGCUCCGUUCCUCCAGGUCCAGUAGCUGCAGGUCAUGCUGAUCACUCCAGUGUACGUGCCCCUACAUACAUUAAGGGCGAUGAUGUGGGUCCUGCCGAUCAUGCUUCGAGCCAGGGUCCAGUGAAGGUUGAAGAAGCCAAACGUGACGUUGACAAGAACGCCACCCAGAUGCGAGAAGAUUCACCUAAUUCAUCCAACGGAACAGAGUGUGCGCAAAUAAUAUCUGAUGAUCAUCUCGACUUUUCGUCGUCUGCGCAUGAUCCUUCUCUGAAAACGAAGUGGUUACCGGGCGAUACCGCCAGCUCUUGUGACAAAACGGGCGAUGAGGCCUUGUAUUCUACGAAGAACGCGGGUGAUGAGAAACGCAUCCUUGACUCCAACGCGGCUGCAAAGGUAACUGAAAGGGAAAGGAACAUGACCGACGAGAAGGCUCCAGAGGAACCGCAGUCUACCACUAUAAAAGAGACGGCUCCUUCGCCAGAUCAUCGUUUUGGAGCUGAUCUUGAAAGCUCAGUCAAUAAAGAAGAGCCGAUUGGGACGAAUUUAUCUGUGGAUGUUCCGAGAAAGGAGGACAGUCGUUUGCAACCACCGCUGAGUCCCGAUUUUACGGAAGGUGGUAGAAAAAGCCCUCAUCCAAGGCAACUCGUCGACAAAGGGAAGGCGAUGAUUCAGAAGUUGCUAACUGAGAACAAUAAUGUCAACAGCCGUCCCCGACAUGGAUCAGAACGUCAAUAUGACAGUACUACCAAACCCGUGGACGAUUUGCAGAAAACACGCAGUUUCGCUGAUUUCACGGAAGGGAAGAUGGACCAGCCAAAUCCUUUCGGCGCAACCCGCGAAAAUGUGUUUUGUACAAGCUCAAAGGAGAGCCUUGUUGAUGAGGGAAAUGCUUCAUUCGAUGAUGACAUUGCAGCUGUCUUCACUCGUCCCUCUGAUGUGUCGCCAAAAGCUAAAAGGGUAGAAGCUUAUGAGGAGAAUGCAUGGGAACCGAAGCAGCCUGAAGAGGAGGGAGCUCGUGCGAACCUUCCGCCGUCUUCCGAUGAAAAGCAUUCCAAAGCACAGAGGGCCGCAACUCCUACCAAUACUCCGCUGACGCCGCUGUCGGAUGAACCUGUGAAGCACGAGCUUUCCCCUGCACAAGAGUCGACAGUUAAAAAUACUAACAACAGAUUGGAUUGUGAUGAGCAUGAUAGAUUCUUGGGCAGGAAGUUUGAUUCUGAAACAAUCAACGAGAAAUUCCCUGUCCAUGAUGAAAGAAAUGUUAACGUAGCUGGUCAGGAAGUGGUUGCUGACACAUUUGGAGAGAAAGUUACAGGACUGAGACCGACCGCAAUUGGUGUUACAACCAUUCCUCACUAG